AUGUCAGUUGGCUACUGUUUAACGCCAUGUUCGACACCGACUGAUCUACAAGGCGAUUACGCGACGGAGAAAGCGCAGGUGGGUCAUAAGCGUCUGCCUGCACCGGUGAUUCAACCGUCAAAACCGACGGAACAGCAGUGUGACCGACCGGGCGUAGGCCUGACCGAAUUCCUCACCGUCUUCGUCUUCGUCUUCUCCUCGCGUCGUCUUCGUCGCCGUAGCGGUGGUUGGUCGUCGGGAGUCAGUAGUCGGUCGUCGGUCGUCGGUCGAGCGAGAGUCCAAAUCGAGCCAGCCAUGGCCAAGAUGGAGAUUCGCAUCAAGUACUGCUUCUGCUGCGACCUGACUAUCGCCACGAUACUCAUUGCCGUUUACUGUGUGGUAAGUGCCGUCCGUGCCGCGUCAUCUCUUCUCGUUCACAGCAUGUCAUCCGCCUCGACUCCACACACUGAUCUGUGCGUUCCUUCCACGCCCGGACACUCAUUGUCGUUUUACGUGCAUUUCAGUGUCGAAUUGCUUAUGUGCGCCCGGAAGCCUGUCAUCGUCACGAUCGCUGCAGUUGUCGACGCGUCCUCAUUCCUUCAACUCGCCUGUCCAUUCAACGCCCAGAGAGCUGCGUAUUCGACACCGAAAACGUCACCGCCGAUU